UCAACCCUCCUCUCCUCAACGUCACUCGUCGCCCACCAUGCCCCGCGCAGUAUCCGAUAAGCUCAUCUCAAUCCACUCCGCAGCCGCCAAGCCCGGUCAAUCAUCCCGCUCGGCCACCAAUGGCAGCGGUAGUGGCAGCUCCUCGUCCAAAGAUGCCUCUGGCUCCUCAAAUGCCGGCAAUCCCAUCUUCAACACCGACCGUUUCGGGCAGCACAUCCUCAAAAAUCCGCUCGUCGCCCAGCACAUCGUUGAUCGUGCUGCUCUUAAGCCCACCGAUACCGUCCUCGAGGUGGGACCCGGUACGGGAAACUUGACAGUGAGGAUAUUGGAGAAGGCAAAGAAGACGACGGUAGUGGAAAUGGACCCGAGGAUGGCGGCUGAGCUGCACAAGAGGGUGGCGGGCACGCCCGAGAGAAAGAAGUUGGACAUUGUGCUAGGCGACUUUUGUAAGGUCGAUCUACCCUACUUCGACGUCUGCAUCUCGAACACCCCAUACCAAAUCUCAUCGCCCAUCGUCUUCAAACUUCUCUCACACCGCCCAUUGCCGCGCUGCGCAAUUCUUAUGUUCCAACGCGAGUUCGCUCUGCGCUUGGUCGCCCGACCAGGUUCCUCCCUCUGGUGUCGCCUAUCAGCCAACGUCCAGCUGUACAGCAAAGUCGACCACGUAAUGAAGGUUUCUCGCAACUCCUUCCGUCCCCCACCUCAAGUCGAGUCUAGCGUCGUACGCAUCGUACCUUUGAACCCACCUCCCAAUGUGGAGUUCGAGGAAUUCGACGGGAUGAAUCGUGUUCUGUUCAGUAGGAGGAAUAGGAUGGUCAGGGCAAGCUUUGAGGCAAAGGGGGUGAGGGAGAUGCUGGAGCAGAAUUGGAGGACAGUGGCUUCUCAGAGGGGCACUGUAUUGGACAAGGGAGAGACUUUCGACGAUUUGCUGAGGAAGGUGCUCAACGAGGAUACCGAUUAUGCUGAGAAGAGGGCGGCGCAGAUGGAUGUAGAUGACUUGCUUAGACUACUCGCGGCCUUCCAUCGCAGAGGGGUACAUUUUGCCUAGUCAAGAAGGCGCACAUAGAGCAACACGGCAUUGCAUGUGAUCAUCUUGCAAUUAUACCCACUAGACACGCACUCUAC